AUGUCUUCCAACCAAGGGCAAGCGCCCCCGGGCUCCCAGGGGCAGCGGGCACCGGUGGGCACUCUGCUGGGACAGUCGCAGGCCGACCUCAACAAGAUCGUUCUCGAGUACCUCCUGAAAAAGGGGUACUACCGCACCGAGAUGAUGUUUCGCUCCGAGAGUGCCUCGCAACCGACCCCGGCGCCAGCGCCGGUUACUCCCGCCACGCUGAGACUAGCCGGUCCUCAGGAGAUUGGUGGCGACCUGGAACGUGAUCUUAGAAAUAAGGUCACCCGAACGGAGCGUGAAAUCAGUCAGCUAAAGGAGCGCCAGAACCAGGUGGAACGCGAACUCGCCGAGACCCGCGACCGGGAACACCAAUUGGUUAAGGAGAAAGAGUUACGGGAUUUACAGAGAUUAGAGGAGCGUAAGCGCGACGACGACCCCGAUGUCUACGAUACUGCGUACCUGAUGCUUCGGCGGUGGGUGAACACGUCGUUAGAUUUGUAUAAGCCCGAAUUGCUGCGGAUGCUUUAUCCUUUGUUUGUCCAGUGUUUUUUGGAGCUUGUGUCCAAGAACUAUCCUGCUCAAGCUAAGGAGUUCUUCGACAAGUACAAGAGCGACCACACCGUGAUGCACGGUACGGAAAUCGGCCAAUUGGCGGGGAUCUCGUUACCGGACCACCUUGCCGAAAACGAAGUUGCCCAAGCGUUUCGUACCCACCGCUACCGCAUCAUGGUGCUGAAGACGUCGCUCAAUCUCUUAUUAUACUUCUUGCACGAGAACGAAGCCGUCGGGGGUGCUAUUCUCAUUCGCAUCAUCAACCAGUACCUCGACCCCGAAAUUGCCACCACUAACCCGGAUAAAGUUGCUGGUGAAGGUGAAGCUAACCCCGAUGAGGGUAUUUCCGAGUUUACCACUCAGGGUAACGAAGUUGACCAAUUUAACCAACAACCAGUGAAACUCGGUAAACUCCCACUUGACCCCGAAGUGCAAAAGGAAGUGGAAGCGGAAAUCAAGGUUAAAGAUGAAACCGUCGAUUUAGUCAACGGCAAGCUGCUUACUGACGAAUUCGCCGAGAUGACCAAGCCUGACGCCGACGCUCCUGCGCGAGAACUGUUGCCUCUCCCAUUGCGUGAUGCUAACGACAUCAAGCGGAUUAUUCUCCUGGUGGAAGACCUGCGGCAGAAGAUUAAAUUGGGGGCAGUGCAAGCAGCAGCACCCCUGGUGUGUAUGUACACUUUCCACAACACCAACAACGACUUGACUUGUCUCAAUUUCAACGAAGACCUGAAUUUGAUUGCUGGGGGGUUCCAGGACCUGUACGUCAAGUUGUGGCUGUUGGACGGCAAGCCGCUCAAACUGGUGAUGAAGCGGGACCCUCACAACAACGAUAACCUGCGUAAAUUGGUGGGUCACCUGGGCCCCGUAUACGGGGUGCUGUUCUCUCCUGACAACCGGUUCUUAGUGCUGGCGUCGCAAGAUAAGACCGUCCGUUUAUGGUCGCUUGAUGCCUACCAGGCGUUAGUGAGCUACAAGGGUCACUUGCUGCCGAUCUGGGACGUCAAGUUCCUGCCGAUGGGCCACUACUUUGUCACUGGUUCCCACGACCAGACGGCGAGAUUGUGGGCCACCGACCACAUCUACCCGCUCCGGAUCUUCGCCGGGCACAUCAACGACGUCGACUGUGUCGAUUUCCACCCCAACUCUAACUACGUGUUCACAGGGUCGCUGGACAGACUGUGUCGGAUGUGGGACGUGCAAACGGGUAACUGUGUGCGGGUGUUUAUGGGCCACACCCAGCCGGUCAACUGUAUGGCGGUGCUGCCGGAUGGCCGGUGGUUGGCGUCGGCCGGGGAAGACCUGGUGAUCAACAUCUGGGACUGCGGUCUGGGCCGCCGCCUCAAGACGAUGAAGGGCCACGGGCGCCAGCUGAUCUACUCGUUGGCGUUCUCGCGCGAUGGGCUGGUACUUGUCAGUGGCGGCGCCGACAACACCGUGCGGGUGUGGGACGUGAAGAAGAAUACCAACGACGCCGGUCCCGAGCCCGAGGCGUUCACCGAUGGCGCCGAUACUCGAAGCAAGGGCCAGGAUAAAAACAGAAAGGAGAUCAUCGCCUCCAGCGACCACAUGACGGCGUACUUCACUAAGAAGACCCCCGUGUACAAGGUCCACUUUACUCGACGCAACCUCUGUUUGGCGGGCGGGGCGUUUAUGGGAUGA